GCGGCUUGUCUUGCUGUCUUCUCAGUGAAGACAGCUGGCUGGGUAGCCAGCGAGUGUAUGAUCUUACGCCGUUUUACCAACGUAUAAUAAAAUCGAAGCUAUUAGAAAUGAGUACAUCAUCGGUGGCCUAAGUAAUAAGAAAAAAAGAGUCGCAGCAUUUGUACAUUAGACAACAGGGAUCCGGCUGCGGUGAGCCAUGCUGUCCAGACUGCGCGCGGCGGCGCGGCCGUGCGUCGGCGUGUGCCGCUGGGCGCACACCAAGGAGAAGGGCAAGCCGCUGAUGCUCAACCCGCGCACCAACAAGGGCAUGGCCUUUUCCCUGAAGGAGAGGCAGAUUCUGGGACUGCACGGGCUGCUGCCCCCCAAGAUCGAGACGCAGGACAUCCAGGCCCUGCGCUUCCAGAGGAACCUGGACAAAAUGACCGACCCCCUGGAGAAGUACGUCUACCUGAUGGGGAUUCAGGAGCGUAACGAGCGGUUGUUCUACCGCGUGCUGAUGGAGGACAUCGAGAAGCUGAUGCCCAUAGUGUACACGCCCACAGUGGGCCUGGCCUGCACGCAGUACGGCCACAUCUUCCGCCGGCCCAAGGGCCUGUUCAUAUCCAUCCUGGACCGCGGCCACGUCCGCUCCAUCCUGGACAACUGGCCGGAGAGCAACGUGAAGGCGGUGGUGGUGACGGACGGCGAGCGGAUCCUGGGCCUGGGGGACCUCGGGGUGUACGGCAUGGGCAUCCCCGUGGGCAAGCUCUGCCUGUACACGGCCUGCGCUGGCAUUCGGCCCGAGAGCUGCCUGCCCGUCUGCAUCGACGUGGGCACCGACAACGAGACGCUGCUGAAGGACCCCUUCUACAUGGGCCUGUACCAGAAGCGCGACCGCUCGCAGCUCUACGACGACCUGAUCGACGAGUUCAUGGAGGCGGUGGUGCAGAAGUACGGUCAGAGCACGCUCAUCCAGUUCGAGGACUUCGGGAACCACAACGCCUUCCGCUUCCUGCGCAAGUACCGCGAGAAGUACUGCACCUUCAACGAUGACAUCCAAGGGACCGCGUCUGUGGCUCUGGCUGGGCUGCUGGCUGCACAGAGGGCCAUUGGGAAGCCCAUCAGCGAACACAGAGUCCUCUUCCUGGGGGCUGGAGAGGCCGCCCUGGGUAUCGCCAACUUGAUCGUCAUGGCAAUGAUGGAGGGGGGCACGUCACAGGCCGAUGCCAGGAAGAAGAUCUGGAUGUUCGACAAGUACGGCCUGCUGGUGCAGGGUCGAGAACAGGCAACGGACAGCAACCAGGAGGCGUUUGUGCACCCCGGCCCGGGCGAUGUUCAGAGCUUCCUGGACGCCGUCAACGUAAUCAAACCGACCGCCAUCAUCGGUGUGUCCGGGGCCGGCCGACUCUUCACCAAGGAAGUGCUCACAGCCAUGGGCUCUCUGAACGAGCGGCCAAUCAUCUUCGCCCUGAGCAACCCCACAACCAAGGCCGAGUGCUCUGCGGAAGAUGCCUAUACGUUCACACAGGGGCGGUGCCUGUUUGCGAGCGGAAGCCCGUUUGGCCCCGUAACCCUUAGCGACGGGCGCACUCUCACACCUGGACAGGGCAACAACGCCUACAUCUUCCCCGGGGUGGCUCUGGCUGUGAUCCUCAGUGGUGUCAGACACAUCAGCGACACGGUCUUCCUGGAGGCCGCCAAGACGCUGGCGGGGCAGCUGACGGAUGAGGACCUGAGUCAGGGCCGGCUGUACCCUCCUCUGUCCAACAUCCGGGAGGUGUCCAUCCACAUGGCUGUCAAGGUGGCGCAGUACCUGUACGCCAAAGGCAUGGCCUUCCACUACCCAGAGCCCCUGGACAAGGACAGCUACGUCAGGGCCACCGUGUGGGACACCCACUACGACUCCUUCCUGCCCGACGUCUUCGACUGGCCCACCCAGGCCCAAACGCCCCCCAACAUCGAGUAGAGGGUCCGAACGGGGGGAGGAGGCUCCAGAAUAAGCAGGGAAAAAAGGAGUAGUAGAAGAGGGGGAUGGGUGGGAAGGAGAAAGGGAAAGAGGGGAGAAGGAUCUACGGAGUAGCUUUGUUGCUAUGAUACACUCACUUGGGCUAGCCAUAGAACAAGGGCCUAUGAAGUCCAUGACCACUCCUGUUUUUUUUGUUGCCAUAGUUACUUUGCCAUAGUUUGUGUUGUUGGUGUCAACCUUCUGUAACUGUAAACACUGCUGAUGUUGUGUUGGAGAAUAACUCCUCUAUUUUGCCCCUUUUUGGUUUUUACGUUAAAAUGUUUCACAUUAGGGAUGUGACCUUAAUCGCACCUGAAGGGAAAGACGUUCGUCCCGUAACACCACUCCAGCCGUAAGGUCCCUUACAUCGCGUGGAAAAAGACGUUUUUAAUUAUUUGUGUUGAAAAACUGAAUUCACAUCGUUGUGCAUUUUGUGUUCAAAGAUUAAUAUCUUAGAAUAUUUUAUCCUGUGUUGUGCCUCUGGUGAAGCAACUGACAGAAAGAGUAAGUUGGAGAGGGACCUAGAUUCCCUCUGCUUAUUGGUUGUGUUAUGAAGCUGAGACCCUGUAUUCCCUAAAUGUACAGCAGUGGGAUAUUCCCCCUCUCAGUCCGCAUGCAGGCAGUUCUGAUUACGCAAAGGGCAUGUGGACAGCGUUCCUUAUUAAUGCACUUAUCUCAGAUAACCUGAUGUGUGAAGUGCAGGCCCAUGUGCAGGGCUAGGGCUUGAAGAAUGGCGCGUGUGUGUGUGUGUGUGUGAAACGCCACCCUGUUUUAAUGAGACCCUAAUACAGUGCAUUUUUAUGAUUGAUCUGUGACCGUUGUGACUCUGUGACCCUCUUUGUUGCCGCAGAAACAAAUGGAUGAUUAACAGUCCCGGAAGCAUUAUUGCGAGCAGUGUCUCAAAUAGCUACCAUUUAAAGACCCUUCUGUCUGAACACAAAUACACAAGGAAUGACUUUCCAUGCGUCUCUUCCUGUUCGUUACUUUCACGGUUAAACUUGACUCACUUCUGCAUAGUUCUGUGAUGCGUAUAACUGAACUGUUCAAUCUAGAUGUGUCCAUAUUGCAGCUAUUUUAUUUGUUUGAGUCGAUGUACUGACCUAGGUUAUUCAAAUGUACACAAAACGCACAAGGUAAAGAGUUAACUGUCACGUGAAGCACUUCACACUAAUAUAGCAUUGGUGAUUAUAGUGUCCUAUUGUUAUAGAAAUAAAAAAUAAACUGCUUUGUGAUAUCAUAGGGCUCAUGAUGGCUGCAGUUCCACACCGCACAGCCUGUUCCAGCUUCUGCCUCUUAAAUGCUUUUUCUUGCGUGUACUUUCUGAAGUACCUUUGUUGCCAUCCAAAGUCACCAUUCACAGAGCUCAAUUCCUCUCUCUUGGCACUUAAAUGAUAAUUUUAUUCAAUUAAUUUUCUGUGGGGUGAAGGAGCGAUUUUUAAAAAAAUCAUUAGACCCCAUCACCUUAAAUUUUGCUUCUGAAGUUUGCAGAAUGAGUGAGUAAUAAAUAUUGAUCAAAUGGAUAAACAUGAUCAAAUGGAUGAGCCAGGAUUGACCUUAUCUCCAUUUAUUACAUUUGUUCCACACUGUUUCGGUCCCUUCGCAGUUUUUUUCAUAUGUAUCCCUCUCCUGUCAGAUGGCAUGUGGACCAUAGCACUGUGGAUUCAUGGUUGGAGAGUGAAUUGGCCUGCGCAAAUUCACAGAUCUCUAACCAGCACCAUCAGUGGGGUGGACCAAUAUGACUAGAGUUGAAUCGAAUCUUUUGACUCAGCUGAGCCCUGUCAGACAUAAGGGCUUAAGAUGUUUUGGUAAACGUCCCAUUCGUAAGACCACCCUGCUAACGUGGAUAUGUUGUGAUGUCUCAUGUAGAUUUAUUAUUAUUAUUAUUAUUAUUAUUAUUAUUAUUAUUGUGCCUGCUGCAGUUUUACUGUAAGUGCCCUGACAGCUCUGUGGUAUUGAACCUCCCUGUCUCCUGACUCCCCUCUCGAACCCGCGGCAGUGUGCUGUGCGUUUGUCCGGUGUGUUCCUGGAGCUUAUUUCUGUGACGCGCUGUUGCCUUGGCGUACGAACGCCCAGAUCAGUGAAUGUGUUUGUUCCAGUCCUCUGUGUGUAAAAGUGCUGAAUUAAAACUUUAGUUUUACA